CAGUCAUUUUCCCUAUUGCCAUGGUCCUCCCAUGGCGCUGCUGAGCUGCUGGAGUUAGUCCGGCACUGGAGACAGUCACUCUAGCUGGUGACUUGGUGGUGGGCAGCGGCUGCCUGGCUUCCUGGCGCCGCCAUGUUGGAAGUGCAGGGCUCUAACCAUGGCUGUGAGCGCUCGGCUUCGACUAUCAGCCCCGCCAGCUCGGCAGGGCACGCGGUGGAAGUGCGGCCAGGGCUGUAUCUGGGUGGAGCAGCGGCAGUGGCGGAACCUGACCUCCUGAGGGAGGCGGGCAUCACCGCUGUGCUGACGGUGGACUCGGAACCGGCUUUCCCGUCUGGGGUUGGGUUCGAAGGUCUCCGGAGCCUCUUCGUGCCGAUGCUGGACAAACCCGAGACCGACCUGCUCAGUCACCUGGAUCGGUGUGUGGCCUUCAUCGGCCAGGCUCGCUCCGAAGGCCGUGCGGUGUUGGUGCAUUGUCAUGCAGGAGUCAGUCGCAGUGUUGCUGUAGUGACAGCUUUUAUAAUGAAGACCGACCAUCUUACCUUUGAAAAAGCCUACGAAAACCUCCAGACUGUAAAGCCAGAGGCUAGGAUGAAUGAGGGGUUUGAGCGGCAGCUGAAACUGUACGAGGCAAUGGGAUACGAAGUCGAUACCUCCAGUGCCAUUUACAAGCAGUACCGUUUACAGAAGGUGACUGAGAAGUAUCCAGAACUUCAGAAUUUACCUCAAGAACUCUUUGCUGUUGACCCAACUACCAUUUCACAAGGAUUAAAAGAUGACAUUCUCUACAAAUGUAGAAAGUGCAGGCGAUCUUUAUUUAGACAUUCUAGUAUUUUGGAUCAUAGUGAAGGAAGUGGACCAAUAGCCUUUGCUCACAAGAGAGCGGCAUCAUUUUCUGUGCUUACCACAGGGAGUCAGGCUCAGUGUACGUCUUACUUCAUUGAACCUGUGCAGUGGAUGGAAUCUACUUUGUUGGGAGUUAUGGAUGGACAGCUUCUUUGCCCAAAAUGCAGUGCCAAAUUGGGUUCCUUUAACUGGUAUGGUGAACAGUGCUCGUGUGGGCGAUGGAUAACCCCUGCUUUCCAAAUACACAAGAACAGAGUGGAUGAAAUGAAAAUGUUGCCGGUGCUGGGAUCACAAACAAAGACACUGAAUUGAGGACCCAGCUUGGGAUAGAUCCUGUGAAAGGCAUUUCUUUAUUGUUCUUUCAUGGUGAAUGUCAAAUUUCAUUUGGAAUGUCCGAAGAUAAUUACUGACUGUAACAGCUGUGGGUUGGUAGCUUAUUAUUGUGACAUGUAUACAGUACUUUGCUUGGCAAUCCAGAUGUUUAGUCAUGUAAAGUGGAUUUGAUAUUAAAAUCUUUUACAAUCCAGAUCCCAUGUUACAUGUUUUAAAGCUUUUGUGCUGUUUGAUCUAGCCCAUGCUUUAAGCAUGCUAGGCAAGCAUUCUACCUCUGAGCUAUAUCUGGAGCUUCUUACGUUUUUAAAAGUUAUGCUUUGUUAUAUGUUGGCUAUGUGAUCCUAAAGCCUAGAUGGCUAAAAGAAUGUAAAAACUGUCAGUAUCCGGGAUACAUUUUGUUUUCAGAAAUAUAAAGCAAAAUUGGUUGUAUUUUGAAAAGUUA